AUGCAGUCGGACUUUGCGCGGCGGGUGGGGGGCGGGAUGGCUACGCAGGGCGGAGCAGAGGGGUCAGGGUCGGGCACUGUGAGCCCCGUCGGCAGUCCCAGAAAGCCACGACCUCGCGAGUCGAGCUUCGGGUCGGGUGGGGCGUACGCAGGGAGCGGAGGGUCGCCCAGCAAGAAGCGCAUCUACGGCGACCGGUUCAUCCCGAAUCGAGACGGCCUCGACCUCGCGACCUCUUUCUCGCUUCUGCCCAGCUCUGCGUCCUCGUCUGGGUCUGGUACCCCGACGUCACCGAGCAAGAGCAAGCGGAAGGUGGCAGGUGCGGACGGAGACGCUCAGACGGAAGAAGCGAACCGGACGUUCGACUCUCUCCUUCGCACUGAGCUCUUCGGCCCAGCUUCCCUCGACCCGACCACUUUGCUUCGCUCCCCCUCUUCCGUCCGCACAACCCAGUACACCGCCGCGACUUCACCGAACAACUCGCCCUCCUCCUCGAAACCCAUCUUCAGCUUUUCGUCACCUACGAGGAAGCGCGUGGCGCGAGACGCGGCGGACCGUGGGCUGGACAGCCCAACGCACGAGCGGUACAGCGUCAGUCCCGUCAGGCAGGAGAGUCAGAGGUUGCUGCUCAGUCCGAGGAAACCGAUACGGCAGGUCAGCAAGGUGCCAUUCAAGGUUCUCGAUGCUCCCGAGCUCGCCGACGACUACUACCUGAACCUCGUCGAUUGGUCCUCGACGAACGUGCUCGGCGUCGGUCUCGGCUCGGCGGUCUACACCUGGAGUGCGCAGACGAGCGAAGUCAAAAAGCUGUGCGACCUGAGCGAGUUCGACCCGCCAGACUCCGUCACCAGUCUGAAUUGGGUUCAACGAGGCAACCAAGUCGCAGUCGGGACCAAGAGCGGCAUGAUCCAGAUCUGGGAUGCGAACGUGGGACGGUGCAUACGAAAGAUGUCGGGACAUUCGGCACGAGUCGGCGCCCUCGCCUGGAACGACCACAUCCUCACAUCCGGCUCGCAUGACCGCCUCAUCCUGCAUCGCGAUGUGCGCAUCAAGGAUCACUGGACCCAUAAGCUCGCGGUGCAUCGGCAAGAAGUCUGCGGCUUGAAGUGGAGCGACGAGGGCCAGCUUGCGAGCGGAGGCAACGACAACAAGCUCUUUGUCUUUGACAAGAUGUCCGAGACACCGCUUCAUCGCUUUACCGAACAUGUCGCGGCGGUCAAGGCGAUCGCGUGGAACCCUCAUCAGCACGGUGUCCUCGCGAGCGGUGGCGGUACGGCCGACCAGAAGCUGCGCUUCUGGAACACGAUGACGGGGAACUUACUGCAGGAGGUCGACACGGGCAGUCAGGUCUGCAACAUGCUCUUCAGCAAGACGUCGAACGAGCUCGUCACGACCCACGGCUUCUCGGCCGGACAGGCUCAGAACCAGGUCGUCAUCUGGCGGUACCCGUCGAUGCAGCAAGUCGCGCAGCUGAAUGGCCACACCUUCCGGGUCCUCUACCUCGCUUCUUCGCCCGACGGCCAGACCAUCGUCACGGGCGCCGGCGACGAAACGCUCCGGUUCUGGAAUGCUUUUCCGAAGAGCAAAGUCGAGCGCAAGGUCGACACGAACGUCCUCAGCCCGUUCGGCAGGAUUCGGUGA